GUUUAUCGCCAAGCCUUUACAACAGGAUUUCUGCGUACAGUUGUUAUUAAUCAGAGAUGAAUAGCUGAACUCCGCCCCCGCAGCUGUGUGAGUAAAUGGGCUGGACCUCGGGAGAGAUAAUAACCGGGCUGCUCGUGUAAUUCUCAGGAGACACAAGGGGGUUUGGUCCUUUCACGGUAAUACCUUGGGUGCCUUAACACUGAGAAGCAACUACCUUGACAAAGUUGAUUAUUUUCCUGGCAACUGCUCUAUUGCUUCGUUUUUUUCCGACAAAGAGAAUCUCUGCAGCAGAAGUGACUGAAUGUCUAUGCCUCUGACGCUUCAGUAUUAGCACACCUAAGAGUUUCCUCAGGACUCAAUAUUAAUUAUAAUCAUAAAGAAGUAGACGAGGGAAAAAUGAAACUGGAAGUUUUCUCUGGCAAUAACUCUAGCAGUAACUUCACGGAAAAGCCCUCGGAGGUAUGCAGUGAUGCUGAAGGUAUCCUGUCCGGUGAAGAGGAGCUUGGCUCUGAUGGCGACUGCGUGGCUAACAGUCCGGAACCCUCCACCCCGGGGACUGACGGCAAGUCCAAGCCAUACACCCGCAGACCGAAGCCCCCGUACUCCUACAUUGCACUGAUUGCUAUGGCCAUUCGAGAUUCUGCAAGCGGGAGGCUCACUCUGGCUGAGAUUAAUGACUACCUGAUGAAGAAGUUUCCUUUCUUCAGAGGCGCCUAUACCGGCUGGAGGAACUCUGUGCGCCACAAUCUGUCUCUUAAUGACUGCUUUUUGAAAGUACUUCGAGAUCCCUCCCGCCCGUGGGGCAAGGACAACUAUUGGAUGCUGAACCCUAACAGCGAGUACACCUUUGCCGACGGGGUGUUCCGCCGCAGGCGGAAGCGCAUCAACAAGAAGCCGACUAAGGAGCAGGAGGGCUUAGAUCUUCCAGUCGGGGAAGAGCCGUCCACCAACAUUAUUCCUGCCAUCAAGGAUGAUGCAUCCAACUCCAAGUUCACCAGUUCGUUCGCCAUUGACAGCAUCCUAAGUCGGCCUUUUAAGAGAAAAGAGGACUCGCCCCACGAGGUAUUAGUCUCCCCCUCACAGGCUGGUAGAGUAUUCUGGACCGGCGGGCCCUCAUUUGUGUCGUACCUUGUACCCUAUUCCACAUCAACUGUGUCGCAGCCAGUGUUCCCAGCUAAUCCUACUACCUCGCACCUGUUGCCAGCCUACAGAUAUGGCUUAUCGGAACCACUGCGGGGAGGGGACCAUCGGAGAGAUCCGUCAGCCACUUACGCACUGGGCUCGGAGAGCGUGAGCACAUCGGAGGUUUUCCCUUCCAUCCGUCUGAGGGCACCUGCCAGCUGCUAUCAUUCCUUUAAAAUCGACUCCUUGCUUGCCUGAAGGACACAGGGAAAUUGUCUCAAGUUUAUUUUUCCCCUAAGCACUUUCUGAAAGACUUUAAUGUGUUUAAAAACUAGAUACAUUUCAUUGCAUUGACUUGUUUGACAAUCAGUCGCUUUUGACUCAGCGUUAAAUAAAUGUUAAGUUUUUAAGAUUUAUUGUUACUGGUUAACUUGACACCCAGGUUUUUCUGGUUAUUUUAACACUAAGGACACUACCAGGUUUCAGGGACAUAGUAGUAAGCUUAUUUAUCUCACCACACCUGUACUGGUGUGUUCGACUGGAUCAUAGUUUUGCUACCAUCAAUAGCAUAACUGUGUCGAAAGUAGGCAACUGUGGGCUUUAAAAUAUUACUGUUAUUAUUUAUGUAUUACUGUAAACUAACAUUUUUAUGAGGGCUUAUUUUGUGGUUUAUGUCUGAUGGUAAUUCUGACAAAGCUCGAAUCGAGCUAAAAAGAUUUCUGUGUAAUUUAGUACUGUUUUAUAUGUGAGACAGACCACUGCCAAACAAGCAAUUAUUGUGUAUAUUUUCUUAAAAAUCACGCAAAAGCGUUAUUUUUGAAUAAAAGAUUUUACAAAAUGAA